UAGGCGUACAAACACCUAAUUCGAAGAAAAAAAAUCUAAGUAGUAAAAGCUUCAUCUCAAAAUAGAAGAUAUGGAAGAUUCGUCCAUCCUCAAAGUAAGGACGUAUUUGGAAGAGCUGGCCAAAGAUAAAACCCAUUCUCACUUUCCCAGUUUCAUCCUCGAAGGCCUUCAAGUCAUUCAUGUUGGAAGAGGGAUCAUACGGUGUAAUUUGACCGUUACGCAUCACGCUUUGAAUGAAGACGGGAAUUUUCAUACUGCAGCGAUUGGUGUGCUAAUGGAGUUGAUGGGAGCCGCCGCAGUGUACUCAGUUGGAGGAUCCCAUGUCUCAGUUGAUCUCAACUAUUCGUUCUACUCCACGGCCAAAAUUCAAGAAGAAGUAAGGAUAGAAGCAAGAUUAGCAGGGAAGAUGGAAGAUCUAAAAUCAGCAAUAAUUGAGAUUCGAAGAGAAUACGAUGAAGAACUCAUAGCCACAGGUAGACUAUGGAUGAGGCUGUUGAUGACACCAACUGACUUAGAUGUCCAACACAAUGGUGUCGAUCAAGUUAGCAAGAUUUAAUUGCUCCAAUCAAAUCAAAUAUUUACCUAUGAACCAUGUCAUAUGCUAUACAUGCAAGUGGUAUGUAAAAUAAUGUGUGUUUGGACAUUGAUUAGUCUUCUCAUAUGGUUUCCUAGCCUCAAAUCAAAUUUCAGUA